AUGAGUACCGCCUCCCCAGAUGGAGCACCACAAUCCGCCAAUGACGUUUCGGAGGUCGCACCUGCGGCAGCUGUCAGCGAGGAACAUCCUCUGAGUGCUGUAUCACAAAAGCCAGAUCUCUCAAAUGAGGCUGAAAGUGAAGCCUCACCAUCAGCGGUGCUGCAAGCAGAAGAGGUGAAAGUUGGACAGGACACAUCACAUGCUACCUCGCAGAGUGAGACGUCUGCAGCAGCCGAGACGAGCAAUCUACCUCUUGAAACCGCUAUCAUCGCAAGCGAUCAAUUGACUUCGGCUUCGUUGGCCCCCAUCUCGGCGCCUGAGGGUCAGCGAUCAACGGAGGUUCUAGAUGCUGCAGCUGCGAUACCUGCCCUCGCGGUCGAGCCGCAAGAAGCCUCGGACGCUCAGUCAUCAACGCCGACCAUAGAGACAGAUGUAUCUCAAUCCGUUCCGAAUCAAGCUGAAGUCGCGGACACCAAAAGCGACGCUGUCGUAUCGGAGACAGAAUCGAGACUUGGAGCAGCCUCACCAAGUACUACUUCGACUGGUACCGCCGCGGCGCAGUCGGCCCCUUUGGCCCCCGUACCUGUCAAGAAGUUCACUUCUUUGAACGUCAACAAAAUCUUCCUAGAGAAGGCUAGCCCUACGCCAGCACACAACGUAGCAGCUGUUUCCCCUGCUGCUCCCAAAGCCUUGCCAAAUGGCGGAGUGGGUCAAAGCAAUCGGUUCGCGUCGAGCUCUUCGGCUGCUUCAAGACUGACAUCUGCGAAGCUGUCAGCUGCGGGCAAGCCUGCGCAGCCAAGCUGGGCAUCAACCGCUCCUGUCAGCGCUACAUCGCCCGGUCCCGGAGCUACGUCGGCUGCAUCUCCCUCUCUUGGUCAAGCUGCAUCUUCUACCGCCGUAGCCGGAAAUGGAGCGGGUGGCAGUAGUGUCGCUUCUGGCGUGACACCCCGACUGAGCACCUCACUUAGCUCGUCUGCAAACAACCGCUCGUCCUCGCCUCGCUUGACUCUGUCCGGCACUGAAUCUGGCGGUACCACUGCUACUAAUCGCGGGAGCCCGAGUCUGAGGAAUGCAACACUCGGAUCGCUGAACCGCUCUGGCAGCCCGGCGACCUCGACAGGAUCAGGUAGCGGAGGCUCGACCUUGGCGCCGUGGGCAAAUCUCAAAGCAGGCACCGCAUCCUCUUCGACCUCGAAGUUUGGAGGCUCUGGCAAGUCGCCUUACGCCAAUCCCGACUUUCCAACAGCUGCAGAGGCAGCGGCCGUAAAGAAAGCUCAGGAAGAAAAGGAGAAAGCUGAGGCCGCAGAAGCUGCUGCCAGGCAUGAGCAACACCUCCGCAGUCUUGAUCGCUUCCGUGGACAAGCUCUGGGAAGCGGCAAGCAUUGGGACGAGAUGGAAGAUGAGGAUGGAGGCUUCCUCGACGAAGUCGUUCAAUUCGCGGAUGGUACUCAGUACAAAGUACAGGCUUCGAAGAAGGAGAGUGAAGGCAUUGCUGAUGGAAAUAUGGCAGCAGCCCAGCAGACCGGGUCACCAGUCACGAAAGAGGAACGUUUCAAGGACGUCGAUCACGAUCGGAGCUGGCCGUUGCGAGGCGGUCCUGCCUCCUUGCAGCCUCCUACGCAAAGCGCUCCAACUGUAUCGCCAUCGCAGCCCUUGGCAAGACGUACGACUACCCGAGAGACACUGGACAUUACCUCAGGCGCAGCAUCCAUCUCACUAGAUGCUCAACACGCAUAUGACCCUCGUGGUGGUCUAGGCGGCUCCAGAACAGAUCGCGGAUGGGGCGCAAGAGGUGGGAGGGGCGAUCGAGACGAGGCGGGCUACGGUGGUAGCGCCAGCAGAGGCACCAAGGCAGGCCCUGACCCAACAACGUCCGCUGUUCGUGCGUGGGGUCCACUGGCGGUGCGUCAGCAGUCCCUCAACCCCGAAGCCGCCCGUGCGCAAGCGGCGGCAGCUGCAGCAGCUCCUCCGUCAGUCACUUCGCCAGUGGCAGCUCCUGCUGCAUCAGCUGCCAAUCCUCGCUCUCCUGUGGCACCCCCUGCUAUGGCCAGCCCAAACAUGGCGAGGAGAGAGCCUCAAGCGGACCCUGCGUUGGCAAAGGCCGCAACACCGUCGGCCAGCCAUGCUGGAAGAGCACUACCUCCCCAUCUUGCGCUACGUCAGGGGCAAAUGCAAUCGCAGCAACCUCAGGUCCACGCCAACCGGUCUAUCUCCGCUACCCUUGACGAACAGAAGUCCCCACAGGCAACAGGACUUGAGUCGAGACCACUGCAGCAGCAAGUGACCAACGCUCCGCCUUGGCAGACACAAGCGAGUGCCGGCCGAACACCUGCUCAAUCGGAGCCUUCACCUGCAGCUAGCUCCUCGACAACACACCCCGUUGAUUCUACAGCAGACGACCGAGGAGAAAUGCUCUCUGCUGCCGAGAGAGCGCGAAGGCGCCGGCAAGAAGAGGAAGAACAAAGAGCAGCCCAGAGGGAACGCGCCAAGCAGAAAGCUCUUGCCAUCGAAGAGAAGAUGCGGAAGGAGGCAGAGCAGAAAGCAGCAGAAGCUGAACAAAAGCGGCUACAGGAAGAAGCAGAGCGAGAGCGGCAACGGGCUAAGAAGCAGGAGGAGGAAGACAAGAGGCGAGCUGAAGCCGAGCGCAAGCAGAGACUUGAAGCAGAGCAGGCUGCAGCAGUGGCCAAGAGAGCUGACAAUAUCUGGCGACCAAGGGACAGUCGCUCGACAGAGGCGGCACCGCUGGCCAAUGGCCGAGCAGUGUAUCACGGCCAGGAGGUGCAGCCACCGCAAUCUCAGACCUCGCCAGUCCUUUCACCGAGCGAUGGAGCAACCUCUUGGCGCAGACAAGCUCCGACGACACCGGCAGCUCCAUCACUGCACAGGGGCCAAUCGCGGCAGCAGGAGCCCUCUUCCCCCACAAGUGCCGUCACAUCGCCUCAGCGUCUGCUGCUCAAGCGGCCUUCAGCAUCAGCUGCUUCUUCCGCAGAAGGCAUGGCUAAUUUGGACGAUGUCAUGGGCAGGAUUCGUGGUGCAAUGCAGCAGCAACAAGAGCAACAGCCGCGACUGCAAGCUCAAGGAAGCUCUGUGCCGGCGGACAAAGUUUCAGGUCAGGUAGCUGCGCUUGUUUCACCGCCAAUUGCCAAGGCGAUGCCGACGACCCCAUCAAUCGUUCGGCCUCCGCAUCUGCUCGUGAACCAAGAGCGCAUUGCGGCGGCAGCAGCAGCAGCAGCUGCUGCAGUCAAGAGCCAACAAGAGCCAGCGGGGCAGUCCGAGCAGAAGCCUGCCAGGCAAGCCGGGUCAAGAUUGGCCCAGAACGAAGGACCACGUCCCCCUCCUUCUGCGCCACAGCCUGAUAGACAGGUGGUUCGGCCUGCUGCUCCGCCUAAGUCCGUGCUACCCGAGCCAUUCGUCACCAAGAUUGAGCCUCCCGCAGAACAGGCACCGGUCUGGAACAAGUUCAAGGUGUCGUUGAAGACUUCGACAGCCGUCACGAAGAAGGGUACUGCACAUAUCAGCAAUGCUCAAUUCAAGGCCGAGAAAGCUCGAAGGAGCAUGUUCGCACAGACGGAUCCUGCCGCCCCUGCUAUACUGACGUGGGAGCCAGCUAUCCCUGGCCUGUCGAUCAGGACAUUGAGCCGCGAUGAUCAAUUCUUCCCGAAGAAGUACAAAAAGGGCACAGUCAUCACUGGGGUGGUCUUGCCUAACAAGAGGCUGUCUGCCGCCCCUCUGGCUGUGCUAUCAGUACCUCGGCAUUCCGCGGGAAUCGCUGCUGCCAGUGAUAUCCCAGCCGCAAGCGGUGCAGCAAAGGUCCCUGUGGCUGUGAAAUUGCCUGGAUCUGCCAAGGCAGUCCCUUCUGUGGCUAGUACCAUGGUGCCAACGGACACUCCGUCUGUGCCAAGCAUCCCGACUGAGCCAGCCUCCAUGCGAGCUAAGAAUUUGGGAACCAGCGCUAUCGGUUCUGGCAUGAUGCAGGAUGGCUUUGCCGGCCCCAAGAUCAGCCAAAGCAUGGGUGGCCAUGCUCCGGGUUCUUUCGACUAUCUCUCUUCUUCGGCGCAUUCCGGACUGGAUGUUGCCAGCUCUAUGCUAUCAGCAGCCCCCAGCAGGAGUCCUCUGCAGCGUGGACGUGGCUCAGGGGAAGGCGUGGCUUUCGCACAGAGUCUGGGCGGUGGCUGGAACGCAAGCUUACUCGCAGGCGAUGAUGCCGGCGGUGUUGGAUCAGCAGGCAGCGCAUCGCCGGUCAGCUUCAUGGUUCACAGUGAGCUCGACAGCUCAACGGGGCUGGCGACAAAUCCUACUGCGAUUCCUGGGCUCACCGAUGCUCUGCCCUCCUCAGAUGCUUUCUUGAGCUCAGCAGCCGCAAAGUCAUUGUCUACAGGAGCUCCAAGCGCGACAGCCCCAGUGUUCCACUCCACAAAGCCAUCCAUCUCGCAUCUGUCAUCUGCUUCGACUCCUCACACCACGACACACACUCCUCUGCUACCUCCUGCCAGCGGUCUGGGUUCUGCAACGUGGGGUCAAGGCCCGCUCACCUUCCUCGAGGCCACACCCAACGCUCGUGGCUCGUCACUUCACGCGAACACCGCCAGCGGCGAUCAAGGGAGGAUCAAGGACAUGUGGGCACGUUCCGAUGGCUACGAGUAUGGCUAUGGCCCUAGCGCUGGAGCUGCGGGUAAUACCAGUCUGAGUAUCGGGGCAGGUGGAUCGACACACAACUCGCUAAGGGACAUUGGCGAUGAUUUCUUGCCAUCUACCCUGAGGAUGUCGCUGAACGACUUUAGUGAUGGAGCCGCGACGGCUACUCCUGGCGGUGGUGGAUCUGCAUCCGCUCCGAGCGGUUCGCCCAAUCUGAUGCGGUCGCCCGCUCACAAUCGAUUUGGAGGCAACGCCUCACAUCACCAGCAGCAGCGAGGUCUUCCUGCCCAUCUGCAGCAGCAUCAAGGAGGGUCUCAUCAACAGUCGGCAUCUUCCUAUGGCGCAGGAUCCUAUCUAGACUCCUCUUCAGCAGGCACGGGAAGCGGCUACCAAUCGAGAGGCAGGGGUGGUCACCAGUCUGCUUUCCAGUACGGGCAUCAGCCAGGGGCCGUCUUCAGCACCUCGCUAGGUCCAGUGGAAACAGCAAGCUCUUCUGCCGCACUGGGCACCAGCAACUUCGACCCUACCGUUGAUGCCUUCACCUCUUCGACGACAAAGACGCCCUAUGGCUCUUGGGCCGCGCCUACUUCCUCGGCCAGUACACCCACGGGCGGCAGUGGUGCUUACGAAGGUUACGUGAGCUCCAACAGUAGCAGCGCUUUUGGUCGAGGGGGACCGUACCGAUCUUACCAACCACAAACGACGAGCUCUAGCAAUGCUUCUUCGUCCUUUGGCAAUGCUGCCUCGACUAGGGGUGGUGCAGUAUCGGGACAAGGAAUGGGGCAGGGCCAUACUCAACCCUCCCCCUUUGCGAGUCGAGGACCUGCGCCUCACAUGCUUCUGCAGCAACAGCAGCAGCAGCAGCAGCAGAGGCAGCAGGGAGAGGAAAGCUCUCAUGCCUACGGCGGCGCUGGUGGCGCUAGCGGUGGCAGACUAGGCUAUGGUGGACGGGGAGGAGGAGGAGCAGCGGGAGGUGCUGGCAAUGUCACCGGCGGUAGCGGUAGCGGGAACGGGACUGGCACUUCGGGCAAUGUUGACUCGACUGCCGCACUUUGGCAGUGAGCAGGAAGGCAGCUCGUACACUGCAGGGGACUGGGAAGCGGUCUGAGUAGGACAUACACGGGGGUGAGCAAAGGAGCGAGACGAGACGACUGUCGAUAGAGCAGGACGACAGGCCAGGCGCCGUGGCGGAGAAAGUCUGAUCAGCUGCUCUCGCACUCGGGUUGCUCCAAUUCCCCCCCUUUCCCACUCCUGCCU